CCGCUAGAUGAUAAUUUACACUAGCUACAUUCAGUGUUGUGAUGGAACCGUAGUUUCACAAAAAACCCCGAAGUUGACAUCUUGAUCACUUCUUCUGUCCGUCAAGAUAUGCGGAUAUCAUCUGGUGGACAAAAUAAAGUAAAAGUGUUUCCUGAGUGGCGGGGUGGCUUCGGGGGCCAGGGCUGGGCCUGGGGGCGGUGCAUGCAAUGGGAGGAUGACGGGGGAGGGACCCAGCCUCCUGGGUUUGAAUGCCCGGUGUGGUGCAUGCUCUGCCGAGGUGGCAGGGCCCGGCUCAGGCAGGCUUACCAGAGAGGAAGGGACAAGUUUCGGCUGCCCACAGACAUGCUGAGCUUCAAACUCCCAGAGCUCUUUGACAUCCACCAGGUGCCACGAGUGUUUCAGGAGGAUGGCAUCAUAUCUGGCUACCGUCACCCUCACAGCUCUGCCUUGGACUGCAUCCUCAGCAGUUUCCAGAUGACCAAUGAGACUGUCAACAUCUGGACCCAUUUUCUGCCCACAUGGUACUUCCUGUGGCGGUUCAGUCUCCUCUGCUCCUCCCUGGACUUCCUGUCGGAGAGCUACACCUGGCCUCUGCUUGUGUACAUGCUGCUGAUCUGCCUGUACCCCUUCACCUCCAGCUGUGCCCACAUCUUCAGCACCAUGUCUGCCGAAUCUCGUCACAUCUGCUACUUCUUUGACUACGGCGCUCUCAGCCUCUACAGCCUUGGUUGUGCCAUUAGCUAUGGGUCCUACGCCAUUCCAGACUGCUGGGUUAACACUUGGCUUCAUCGAAAUUUUGUGCCCAUUGCUGUCAGCAAUACACUGUUCUGCACCAGUCUUUCCUGCUACUCCAGGUUCCUUGAAUUGCAGUUCCCUUGUAAGAGUAAAGUUCUUCGCACAGCAGCAUUCGUCUAUCCUUUCAUCUUUGACAACAUCCCUCUCUUCCAUAGACUCUUACUAUGCUGUGGUGGCAGCUGCAGCCAUAACGAGGCCCUGCCCAUCUACCAUUACCACCUGAUGUUUGCCUUCCUCACCUGCUUCCUGUAUACCUCACACUUCCCAGAGCGGCUUGCUCCAGGUCGCUUUGACUACAUUGGCCACAGUCACCAGCUUUUUCACAUCUGUGCUGUUGUGGGCACACACUUCCAGAUGGAGGCGUUGCUGGCAGAUAUGACGUCACGCAGAGGCUGGAUGAUCACCCACUCGGCCAUUCCAUCCUUCCUGGGCAGUGUAGGUGCCCUGGCCGUGGGGCUCCUGCUCAACAUGGGCCUCAUUGGUUUCUUCAGUGCCAUUUUACUAUGGGCUCCUCAACACGCAGCUCUGUGCCACAGCACUAACAACCAGAAGCACUCCACUGACUGUAAGGAUCACUAAAGGCUCCGACAUCAGUUGUCAGCCAUUUUUGAGAAUUUGAGGUAAAUCCUUAAAUUGGUGCAGUGCUUGGAUCAGUCUAAUAGUUUGGAUAUCACUGUAGCCAGCUAAUGCAAGGUUUCUCUAGAACAAUUUUUUUUUUCUUUCAGCCAUGGGUUUAUUGGUGUCUAUUAUUUGUAUACUAAGAGUAAAGAAGAAUGUUUUUCAAAACACUUAAUAACAAAAUAGGCUCUUUCAAAAUACCGGGAUAUUAGAUCUCUAAUAUCUAUGUUAGAGAUGCUAUGUGUUUACUGUUUUCUUUUCAGCUGAAAUUUUGACAUUUUUGAGCCUGUAAUUAAGGAAACUUUUUUCUGCCUUUGUCCAAGAGGAUACCCAGUUAAGUUUGUCUAAAUUCACAGUAGUUUUAGAAACAUAUUGACACCUUUUGAGGCUUUGGGUUGAAUGAAGCAGAUUUAGAAUAAAGCACAUAACUAGCCAACCCUGAGCAGAAAAAUGGCAACUGGUUGCCUUGUUGCCUAACUUAAAGCAGGGGUUUUAUAUUUGUAUCCAAGUAUCUUACCAAAUUAACACCACUGAUGUUACUGUUAUUAUUAUGUUAAGCCCUUAAUACAUAACUAUCAUAUUUAUCCUAUUAAAUAUAAUUCAGGAAUGUCCAAGUACAUUUUUUGCUUCAGGACUAUUGUGCCUUCAACAAUAGAGUUAUGUACUCUAUGUACUAAACUGUCUGACAUGUUUAACAGUUGACUCCAUUUUGUCUCAUCUCACCAUUCUCUUCUACUCACCAUUAACUCAGUUGGACUUUGACAGUUAUAUUGGCAAAGCAUUUAUUAUAUUUAAAGUAUUUAGAAGAUGGCACUUAAAUGUAACUGGAGCUGGUGAGUUUCGCACUCCUACAGUUUGAAUGCUAAAACCACAGUUAAGCAUUCCGACAACCACCAAAGACCACAACAGAAAAUGUCCAUCACUGAAAGAUGCAUUUUUAUUGUCAUUUGAAAUGACACCAUUUCUUAUAUUACCUUUACAACAGCGUUACAGUGUGAAUGUUCAAGGGGGUUUCUAUAGAAACAAUAGGUUGGAACAAUGAUUCUAAAAAAGCCUUUUUCCCAAAAAACUCAUAUUAUCUGCAAUUAUUCAUGCAGCACACUCCAUUCAUGAAAAUCGCAUUUGACCAAGGGGGGUUGAUUUUUGGAAUCAGGGACAUUUCUUGUGGGAUUAUUUAAAAAGUUAUUUGAAUUAAAAUCUUUACAGUAACUGUUGCUUUGAUUCUCUUCUUCGAAUGUACUGUGUAUGUAAAAUGAACAUAGCAGAAAACGUAUUGGGGUGAUUUCUGAGUAUAGCCAUAAGUGUUCUUUAAUUGUUUCUCAUUCCAAGUGCAUUCACAUGGGAGAACUGGGUCACUUUUUAAACUGUGAAUUCCUUUCCUGAAGAUGAUAGAACAGGUAUUAUUCCACAUUUUGUUAUUCUAACAAAGUAUUAUAUAAUCAAAAUCCAAAUAAUGGAUGUGAGGACCAAAGUGGUGGUAUAGAGUGAGAUUAAAAUAACAAACACUUUUGUUUCUCAUUAGGCAGGGUUAUUAAGUUUUGUGAUACUAUGAAAAUACAUUAUUAUUAUUAUUAUUAUUAUUAUUAUUAUUUUAUUUUUUUGCUGAUCAGCAUAUAGUUUACAUUGCAAAUUUGACAGGAGCUUACAUUGAAAUUUGGGGAACUACUGGAAUGUCCUGGCCCAUGUCAAUACAUCUCACAGACCGUAUCUGCUUUAUGCUGGAUUUCCUGGCUAGUGAAUGAGAAAUAAUCAUGUAACAGGACUUGGGUUUUAUCAUACAGGAUCUGUUAACAUACAAGGAAGGGUGAGAGGAAGAAGCACCUGCACAUAAUUAAUUUUUUUCACUCACUAGCUUUAUAAAGAUUACAGAAGUAACAUCCCUUUAAGAUUAAAUUUGAUAUCAUAUAGAUAUGCUCUCAAAUAGGGCUACAACAAUAAAGCCCCCUGCCUUGGUUCAUGGUGCUGCUACUAUGCUUUCUGUGUCAGGUUUACAGCAUACAAAACAUAACCAUUGUUUUCUGUUUGAAUAAUACAAUAGUCAUUUGUUAACAUUUGUCAUUAAAAGUUUUUUGAUAUUCAUCUUUGUCUCAAUAGUUUCCAUCUGCUGUUACUAUUCAGUAGCUUUUCACACUACAUUUGUCAAAUGUUCAGUGUCCAUUCUCACGGCUGUACAACUAAUAUAUAAUUCUGACAUCAUACUGUAUGUACAUACUGUCAUCUUUAUAGGGCUGUAAGCUUCUAUUCUGUCACUAUGUUAUUUAAAACAUUUUAAAGUCUAAAGUGAACCAUAACUGGGAACUUCAGCUUGAGGGCCUUGAGACCUGAGGAUGUCAAACUAUGCCAAAACAUUUGAAAUCAAUCAAUUCGCAGUCCAUAAAGUUAUACUGUCUCAUUGUUCAUGUUAUGUAAAGAAAAGGGCAUGUACACUAUUCGAGGUAACUAGAGGUUUCUGUACUGUAGUAAGUUAGUCAAUAUUUGUGAUUUCCCUUAAAAGAGUUGAACUAGAAGGGCACUGAGAGAAAGAUUUGACCCUGUACAUGCUUUCCAAACGAGGUUAUCUAUGGAAUAGUACUGGAAUGACACAUAAGACACUCAUUUUUAUUAAUGAUCAAAUAGGUCCAUUGCCAUCAAAAACACAUUCAAUACUCUGAGAAGUGUUAAACAAGGCAGCACUGACACAGCAUAACACUGGGCCUUAGAGCCACAUUUUCUUCAAUGUCUUGUAAGUUCUUUAGCUACUUGUUGCUUUAUAUGCAUUCAUUUUCCCAAAUGAUAAAAAUGUCCCUUUGAACAAAUGUUUCCCUGAGGAACUGUGUUCUUGGAAAUCAGUUUUGUAUGCACAAAUAGAUAAAGAUAAAGAUCCCUCCGCGUUGUGUAGUAAGAUCUUGAAAGAGUCAGUGGGUUAGAAUGGAACAGUAUGUGUAGUAAUGGUCAGUGAAUGAGAUGUACAAUAAAGGUCUAUCCUUAGUUUCUUUGUUAUAUCCAAAGUGGCAGUAGAUUCAAUACAAAUAUUAUCUAAAGGGAUCGAAGCCUUGCAGGAUGCCAAGAUGAGGGGGAAUUGAACUGCUAUGUGCAGAACCUAAGAGAGAUGCAUUUAUUGAAUUUCCUAUAGACAUGGUCAAUGAAAUGUGUUCAUCUUCUUUCUUCUUCUUUUACUCAAGUUUGAGGAAAACAAAGACAUACACUCAGUGAUCGCUUUAUUAUAAUAUUUAUUCAGCCAAUCAUGUGGCAGCAACUAAAUGCAUAAAAACAUGCAGACAUAGUCAAAGAUUCGACUGUUUUUCAGACCAAAAGGUGACAGUAAUGCAAAUAACCACACAUUACAAUAAUAGUAUGCAGAAGAGCAUCUCUGAACACACAACAUGUCAAAUCUCUUAAGUGGAUAGGCUACAGCUGCAGAAGACUUAAGUCUAAAAAAUAAGUAAUAAAUACCUAAUAAAGAGCUCACUGACUGUACAUCCAAAGGUUACAUAUCAUAACACUAGCAUUCCAUUGCAAUAUGUGCAACUAAACUGCUUGCAUACAACUGUAUUGCUGUGAAUGGAAUGUCUUUGAAGAAGAUGUAUGCAUGUAACAUCACAGGUUGAGUGGCAGUUAUUGGAACAGAAGACAACAACGUAUGUGGGUGUCACAAUAAACGUUCAUUAGCACCCUGCUUUAUAGCAAGCCAACAGUUGUUGAUUAGAGAUUGGAGUUUAACUGACUGCCUACAUAUGUAUACACUGGACAAGGUAGACAAAUCUACAAAUCUAGUCUUCCUUUGUCCUACUGAGUAACCAGGGCCAAAGUGUUGUCCUAAUGUCAUGUAUUGGCUGCAUGUAACUGUUCUCUGAGUAUGACCUAGAUAUACUGUGUACUAACUUCUUACUUAAUCGUAAAAUAUGUAAAGUGAUAUGAUUGGCCUUCGCAGAUGGCCAACACCAGCCUGGAUUUCCCUCAUGUAAAUGUUCCUGUAUGUUCUGUUUGGACAGGGGCCUGUUCCAGCAGGAAUACUGAGUUAGGCAGAUAACGGCACUGAGUAAAACCUACACUCCACCCAAAUCUCUAACAUGGACGGGAGUAAAGAGAGCUGUUCUGGGUUUUAAUUUGUGUAGUUAUCCGGCUAAGUCACGCUACAUUUGCAGAUUAAACAGCAUCCAUUGAUUUCCUCUAAAAUAAGACACGUCAUACAACUUGGAAACAUAGCUUUAGUUGUCUUCAGUGUGCUUGCUCUUAGCAAGUAUAAACAGAAUGUAUCUUAUGACUUAUAUUUCAGGUGAUGAAGAUUCGUUAAUUUUACCUUCCACAAGCCUCUUUUCUACUAAUUCUGAAGCAUGUUUUAUCCAAGUCAUAUAUGAGUUGAGCUGUAUGGGCGCAAUAACACAGUGCCUUACAGUGGGACAAAACAUGUCAAUGACAGUGGAUGAAUCUGUCUUUUUUAUUUUAUAUUUGCUGUGUUGUAAUAACAUAUACUAAAUUGUAUAAAACACAUGUUUACCUCAUAAAGGAAAAAAAUGUAACAAGUUCUUGGAAUAAAAACACUGACGACAACGUU